GUGUGGUGGCUCCUCAGUCGGUAGACACAGGUCCCGCGCGCCGCCCGCCGACUCCUGUGAGCUCUCACGAUAUCUAAAUAAAGGGAUUCUUAUGUGAUGUUAGUAAACAAAAAGUGUAUAAAUAAAAAAACCAGUGUGUUAUCUUUGUCAGUCUAGCUGUGGAUUUAUAUUGGUAAUCAUGUCUCUUCCGGGUGUUUUCCUUUUUUCAUACUAUAUGAAAAACGUUUGGAGCACCCCGACACCGCUGCUGGACUGGUCAUGUGUCCCCACAUUAGUGUUGCUGGUUGCCCUUGUGGUGGUAACUGUCACAGCGGUGUUGACUCGGGCAGUGGACACCAAAAAUCCCUCUCGGCUGCCAGGACCACAACCAUUGCCGUUUCUUGGCACGCGCUGGCUCUUUUGGAGUAGGUACAAGAUGAAUAAACUACACGAAGCUUAUGAAGAUAUGUUCAGGCGAUAUGGGCCGGUGUUCGCGGAGACCACGCCAGGAGGAGCCACCAUAGUGUCGAUAGCUGACCGGGAGGCGCUCGACGCGGUCCUAAAGGCACCAGCGAAGAGACCGUACCGUCCCCCUACCGAGAUAGUACAGGUGUACCGCCGCAGCAGGCCGGAUCGAUACGCUUCCACAGGACUCGUUAAUGAACAAGGUGACAAAUGGCUUCACCUGCGUCGUCAUUUGACAGUUGAACUAACGAGUCCCAACACAAUGCAGGGCUUCAUGCCUGAACUGAACAGCAUUUGUGAAGAUUUCUUGGAUUUGUUGCAGUCCAGUCGGCAAGCUAACGGCACUGUUCACGGCUUCGACCAGUUGACCAACAGAAUGGGCUUAGAGUCGGUAUGUGGGCUGAUGCUCGGUUCGAGAUUGGGUUUCCUGGAGCGGCGCAUGUCGGGUCGCGCCGCUACCCUCGCUGCCGCGGUGAAGACGCACUUCCGAGCCCAGAGGGACUCCUACUACGGGGCGCCUUUAUGGAAAUUCGCACCUACCACACUGUACAAAACAUUCGUCAGAAGCGAGGAGACUAUACACACGGUAGUAUCCGAGCUGAUGGAAGAGGCCAAGGCGCGUACAAACGGUUCGGCCAAAGAUGACGGCAUGCAGGAAAUCUUUCUGAGAAUACUGGAAAAUCCAGCUCUAGACAUGCGAGACAAGAAGGCCGCUGUUAUUGAUUUCAUCACUGCUGGCAUAGAAACGUUAGCAAACAGCCUAGUAUUCCUGCUAUACUUGCUAAGCGGCAGGCCGGACUGGCAACACACGAUUCGUUCCGAGCUCCCUUCAUGUUCGCGACUGAGCGCGGAUGAUUUGUCGGCGGCGCCGUCGGUGCGGGCCGCCAUUAACGAAGCCUUCAGAUUGCUGCCCACCGCGCCGUUUCUAGCCAGAUUAUUAGACACUCCUAUGACGCUCGGUGGACACAAAUUGCCAGCCGGGACGUUUGUACUGGCCCACACGGGCGCCGCGUGCCGCCGCGAGGAGAACUUCUGGCGCGCGCACGAGUUCCUCCCGGAGCGGUGGAGCAGCUCGCGCCAGCCGCACGCCGCCUCACUAGUGGCGCCCUUCGGCCGCGGCCGCAGGAUGUGUCCCGGCAAGAGGUUCGUCGAACUUGAACUGCAUCUACUGUUAGCCAAGAUAAUGCAAAGAUGGCGAGUGGAGUUCGACGGCGAGUUAGACGUCCAGUUCGAUUUCUUACUGUCACCAAAGUCCCCCGUCACGCUGCGCCUCGUUGAGUGGUAGAAGUUCACAUAUCGUACGCACCCGUUCCUAUCCAUCAGCGCUUAUUAGUUUAGCAUACAUAUAAAUGUUGUACUGUAAUCAGUUACUUAAAAGUUUAUGCUGCAUUUAUACCCUUAAGUAAUAUCUGAUACACAUUAAUUUAACUAUGUUUAUGCUUUCAUAUCGUCGAAGUUUUGUUUUAAGUCAUAUGUUAUGAAUUUAUUGCUCAAAUCGUUAAAUAAUUACACUAUGUUUUGUAAUAACUUACCUACAUAGUUUAUAUAUUAUUAUUGAUACAACUAACAUAUUUUUAUAUGGAGAAUAGUGCAACGAAUCAAAGCAGGCGUUUUAAAUAUAUACAAAAUUAAUAUUUUUUGUAUUGAAUGAAUCGGAAUUACAUUACAGGGUAUUGGCGGACUUGCUCAAACUGUGCACUGCUUCGUUGUUCAGGAAUAAAUGUUCACAAAUUAUUAUAUAAGAUGGUAUAUUGUACGUUAAUAUUUACAUAGUAUACCGAACUAGCGUAUAGCUCCACGAUUAUAAAAUAUGGCUGUGUUAAUAUCAAAAAACAUAUUUAUAUGAAUGUUAUAACCGUGAAUACCUCUUGUUAUAAGACUGCAUAUUGCCAGCGCACGCAUUUGUCAGGAAUUUAACAUAAUAUUUAUACGUAAGUUAGCAUUUACAAAUAGAAGAUGCACCGGGAAGAAGCAACAUCGUCAUCUAAGAGAAUGAUUUACGAUUUCUGCGGGCUCGGGCUAAUAAAAUUAGGAUCACCCGUGAAACCUGUUAGUCGACCGAAAAAAAUGUCGCAUUGUGCGCUGGGGCAAACUGGAAAUUUGUAGGGAUGUCGAAACCGCGUCCCGGCCACACCCGGCGCCCCUGCUCUCCGGCUUCAAUCCGUGCCGUCAAAUUUGUUAAUCCAGUUCUCAUUGCAUGGAGAAGCCACAGUGGAAAGGCGUAGCAAAAGGCUUGGCCUUGGAAAUCAACCAGUGAUCUUUUUUAACCAGUGAAAUACACCCUAGACGUUAUUUUAUUUAAACUGUUAUGGAUUUUUUGAUCGGUCAAUGUUUACUUUCACUGGCAUAGAUUAUUUGACGUCAGAAAUACGUCUGAUUCGGCCACUUUUGACCAGAGAAAUCAUUCCAUAGUGAUUAAGUUUAUGAAUUAGAUUAUAAUAAGUGCAGCUUCUUCUAUUUAUAUUCAUUUGAGUAUAAUUAUUUAGAAUUCCUUUAAUUUGCGAUGUUGACAUUACUUUUUUAAGGGAGUCGAUCGUUCCAUGAUUGUUAGCUUUUUAUUUGAUAUUUUGUUAAUCACCUUGUAUAGCGUACAUAUUGUUAUAAAUAUAUAAUUUUUGUAAUGGUAAUGAAGUAAAAUACGAAUGAA